ACUAUUAUGGAAGAUGAAGAUGGAGAAAGUAAAGUAAUAGAUAUGUGGAACAUUUUGGAGGAACAGCGACUCAAAGAUUCCACAUUGGACAAUUCAUUGAAACAUUCCAUCGAUGAUGUAUAUACUGCUGUAAUUGAGGAUGAGAAACAGUUGAUACGCUCGAUCAUAUCGAAUGAUUCACCAGGUAAAAAUACCAUCACGGGGCCAAACUUUGUGUUUAAGGGUUUCAAGAAGCGUAUCUUAGCCGAGGCUCGGGAAGUUCCUACCGCUACAUCAAAGAACAGUACACCAGAGCUACGACAAUUAACGAACCUCAAUGCAAGGACUGGCAAGGACAAGAGGGUGGAGAGAAAGCAGAAGCGUAAGAUAACGGAGUACGCUCAAUAUUUGGGUCUUCGGCCGUCUUCGAGGUACAAGUGUACCAAGUGUCAUGCAUGGUCUGGUUACGGUCCCAACUCAAGACAGAAUUCAUGUGCUUGUAAUCCUAGUAUGACACCGAUGGCCAGUACCUCGGAGCCAAGUGCCUCGGUGCCGUACGCGAGCAAUUUUAAAAUCACGAGGAAGGUCUAUCUGUGCUCGGCAUGUGGCACGUAUUUUGAAAAUUGGAACUUGUUCUUACACAUGAGGGACACACACAAGCGUCACAUAUGCCUCUAUUGUCUGGGUAUGUUCGGCCAGGCGGAGAGGCUAUCGUAUCAUCUGAUGAAGAAGCACAGCGUUCCAGAGAUGGCGUUCUCCUCGAUGGAGGAUUUCUACAAUGCCUUCAAGGGUUCGUGCUACCUUAUCUGUUGCAGCUGUGAAAAGGUGUUUUCGGAGACCGACGACUUCUUCAACCACUUUUGCUCUCCAGUGUUGGAGCAGGAUUCGACCGUUACCGUUGCGUCAAUGUGCACUAUAUGCAGACAAACUGGCACACAUGCGAGUACUUGUAAUUUCACACUGCCGUCGGAUACAGAUAAGGAAGUAUGUAGCACAUCGACGCCACUGGCAGUCGCCGAUGCGAUGUAUGCGGACAAUGCAUCGCCGGCGAUGAUUCCUCCAUCGGAGACAAUUACAAAUCUCGGAGGUAAGGGACUACCAAGAAAAAUGAUAAAAUAUAAUAGGAGGAAACACGAAAGAGACGAUAUGCAACAUUCUCACCAACAAAAACCAAACGCACUAACGAAAAAGCUCAGUGCGAAAUUCCAGUGUAACGAAACUCAACUCGAUUGCAAUCUCGAUGUGCAAAGAGAAACUGCAAAUAGCUUACCCCGAGACACAGUUACCGAGACGAUAAUGGAAGUGUCCAGGUACACAGGCGGUAAUUCAUCUGACGAAAAUGAUGAGAAUGAUGAGCAGGCGGUGAAUAAAGACGUGCACAAUAAUCACAGAGGGUCGGGAGGAAAAUCGCCGGUUCAAAAUUGUCAGCUUGAUUUUAGUGAACCUUACGAUAGCGUAACCGAGACCAUUAUGGAAGUAUCACGCUAUACAGGUGAAGAAAUUAAAAAUGAGAGAGAAGAUGCAACGUAUACCCUAAACGCAUGUGCGUCACAUAUGAUUGAAAAAACGAAUACUGAAGACGAGGAAAUAUGCGAUAAAAGCGAUGUUGAUCUGACACACUCGGCCAGUUCGAGAACACCUAGUCCAAUGCAGUUUGAUACCGAGGAAAUUACAAUAGAUACAAAAGCGAGGGUUAUGUGCGAGACCGAAACUAAAUACGGCAGUCCACAGGAUGCACGAAGCUGUAGUCCUGUCAAUCGAUCAUUAUUUAGUCCACAACACGAAUCGCAUAUAUCGGAUCAACAAUCUAAAGAGAUAGAAAGUUUUGAGAAUAUCGACAAGAAAGUGGAGAAACCUGUCGUGACAAACACCACUGAAUCUCAAGCUUCGGUCUCAUUUAACGCUGUUGCUUCUUCCGAUAGGAGUUUGAUUAUCAAGAUUCGUAACAGGAACUCGCAGUUCAGCGUCGCGACAACCACCGUCACGAGUAGGGAAUCCGAGGAAAAUAAUAACGCCGAAGGAUCGACAUCGAAGGAGAGAAUGCCGAACGGUUCGGAAACUGGAAGGGACAUUAUUGACGAUGAUCAAGUGAACGAGCUGGACGAUAGUGAUUCUGACAGCGAUAAAUUAGCGGUAGUAGACAGCAAUCUGGAAGAAGACGAGGAGGCAGAAGAUGACGAGGAAGGUGAAGCCGAUGAGACUGAAGACAGACAUGAUGAAGUGGAAGGCAAGGGUCAAAGGAAUCCAGAGGAAAACGACGAAGUUAAAACUGGGACGUGUACUGACGAAUUAUUCUCUAUCACGGAAACGCUGCCAAUUGACAACACCAAUGAAACGUCCGUCAAUAAUGCAGUUGAAGAUGUUGCAAACGAGCAAACGAAAAAUCAUACGAUCGAUAAUAGUGGUAUCGUGUUAGCCGGUGAAGAUGUUCCAUGUAUUGACUUGAAUGUUGAGGGCACUUUGGAUAGCAUGGAGUUAGAGGAUCUGUUGAAACGUUGCAUAGAGGCAGCCAGUCCCAUUUGCGUGUACUGCAAUCACGCACGGUACAUCGCAGUCAACGGCAAACAAUUGGGCCUGCAUAUGCUGGCGGAGCAUAAGUUUCAACCGCAGCAUCCCGCGAUAAUCAUCCAUGCGGAGCAGUUUACUGCGCGGGUGAAGCGGUCUCUCGACGAACUCGAGUCCCGUUACUUUAAUCUAGAUACAUAUAACAGCACAAAUGGCACAUAUAAUGUGCCGAACGUACUGAUAUACGAAUGUUUUCAUUGCAGAUUUCAUUCGACAGUGCACAAGGAGUUAUACUUGCAUAACCGAAAAAUGCAUCAAAAGACCAUAUUGAUUUGUAUAAUGUGCAAAUCGACAUUCUACAGUUAUAGCGAAUUGGUAUGCCAUCUAUGUCCUGGAGUUUAUUCACCGAAUGUUAACCUACGAUAUCGAUGUUGCCUCUGCCCUGUAGCAAAUUUGCCGUCGGCAUUCCGACUGAUGGUUCACGUGCGCAAACGUCACCAUGCCUGCGACGUCUGUCUGGAAUCUACAGGCAAUCAGCAGCGCCUUUCGAAUCACGUUUGGAAACAUAAGCUACAUCAUUUGUGUUACAGAUGCGGUAUCGCAUACCGUAAUAAACCGGAUAUCACGAAACACUUGUUUUGGAAGCACGGCACGGAGAGCGUCCUAUGUCGAAAAUGUCUGCAGAAGAAAUGGCCGCACAUAUAUCAUUUCUGUAUACCGCCCACAGCGUUCGUUUGCGAAGAAUGCGGCUUGAGUUUUGGACGCGCGGUAGCUCUCAAGGUGCAUAAAAGGCUACACUCCGGCGAUUCACCAUAUGGCUGUGACGAAUGCGAACAGCGUUUCAUAUCACGAAAGCUCCUAGCUAAGCAUCAAGCGACUCACAGGGAACCUGAACCUGAGGACGUCCAUGUGAACGUGACGAAUGUAGUUAACACUUCACUGACGGACAAGGAUGAGAAAUCAGAUAGAAACACAUCUGUGACCAUGACCGAUGGAGACCCGACGGUAGGAGUUGAGACUACGUCGAAGAAUGUUAAAGAGGCUGUGAAAAAAGUGGUCGAUGUUUACGAUCUACCGCCACUCAAUCUGUCGUCCGAAAGUGAUACUGACAGUGAGGAGGAGAAACCCGCUUCCACGGAUAAACUACCGGAGAAAGAGAAUAUCGAUGAAGACGCGGCAAAGAAGAAUGAAACAACUACUGAAACAAUCGCCGUCAAUGACGAUGACAGUGUCGUGUUGAAUAAUGAUAUAGUCGAAGUGGAACGGAAUGAGGAGGAGAAAAAGCAGGAAGCACGUAUUAUGGACGGUAUUUGGGACAAUUUUAAGACGUACGCUGCUAGUUUGGACGUAGAGGAAUCCGCCAAGAAUGUUGCGUUGAAAGAGAGCGUACCUGAGACUGACGCAGCGUAUUUAAGGAGUAUCGUUUUUUCUGAUCAUGAUUAUUGCGUAGUAAAUUCAUCCGACAAAGAGAAGAAUGAAGAUCAAGUUAUUUCCAAGGACAAUGAUACGAAAGCGAACGAUACUAAAUCUGAAAGAAGUCCGUCACCUGGUACUCCGAGUCGCAAUACUGGAGGUGACAGCGACGCGAACAAACGGAAGGUAAAGACUCCUAAGAAGAAGAAGCGAAGUGGCAGCACAUCAUCCACGAGCGAUUCCUCAAGCGAUACCGACUCGAGCAGUUGCUCGUGUGGCACCAACUGUAGCUGCAGCAGCUCUUCGUCUGGCAGCUCCUCCAGUUCUAGCAGCAGUUCUGAUUCCGACAGCUCCGCGUCCGAGAAUUCGCCCAGAAAGCAAUCUAGCAAUCGUAAGGACCGGAAUAAAAAGGAAAGAGAAGCUACGCGGGAGAACAAAUCCCAGUCUGUUGAGCCGGAGAAUAAGCCGGAGGACAAACCAGAGAACAAGCUGGAAGACAAACCAGAGAUUGCGAUAGAGAAUGGUUCCGUGGUCCCUGAGAUAAUGAGGGAGCCUUCUCCAGCGAAGCCUCUCUUGCGAGAAUCUGAUUUGGAAACUGAGGAAACCGAAACCGAUGAGGAUUUCUACGAUGAAUAUCCGCAGUUGCUUGCUAAUAAAUUAAUGGCGGAGAAGCGCAAUCAAUUGCUAUUGCUGGCUACCGUAGCGCCGGCAUCGACGCCGAUCUCGACACCAACGUCGACGCCAACUUCGACAUUGAUACCGACAAUGGACCAGCCAUCAAUGCCACUGAAUAAUGGCGUUCUAGUCGCGGAAACAGCACCAGAUUCGAUUACAAUGACCAUCGAAAAUCAACAACCGCAACAACAGCAGCAACAGCAAAGGAGAAAAACGAAAACGAAGAAACGACGAAAGGGCGAGAGAGGCGGUAAGCGUAACGCGACUACAACAGCCACCGUGGAAUCGAUCAAACUGAACAUUCCCAAGGCACUUUACCAGAAGAAUCCGGGAUUCGUUGCAUCGUCGCAGUCAACGUUGGCAUUGCAUUCUAAUAACAGAUCCUUAACGCCGAACCUAUCGUCGGCUGCAACAUGUAACGACUUCAACAGCAGCAAUGCUGUGAGCAUUGCGAUAGAGAUGCAACAACAGCAGCAAGCAUCAUCGGCCACUGCUGUCAUGGACGUAUCGAAUAAAAAUGUCAGUGGCACAGAGGCGAAGAACAAGAGAGUUUCGAAGAGGAAACGUGUGCCGAAGCGCUUUUACGGCGACUCGAGCGACGACGAACCACAAGAAAAACAGUCGUUCAGCCGAUGGCGAAAAAUGGAUACAACCACCCCCACAAUCGCUACCACUAUUCCGGCUUUUGCACCGCUGCCACCGACGACGAUAAUGACGCCGCCGAAUCUGAAACCGCUGGUGUCGAGAUUGUCCUUGAGCGGAAAGACUAUACAAACGUAUGGUAACAGGUCCGCUCAGGUGGAGCAGGCAGUGAUCCAGCAGCAAACGGCUCUACCCGAGGCAUCGCCAAUCGUCACAACGAUAUCCGCCACUGAGUCUGAGGGUCACGCGGAGAGUAGCAGCGAUAGCAGCGAAUCUGAGACGGAGAAUAUUGUAAAUCAGUCGAAAAUCAACCCGACUAUAUUGCCUGUUGGCGCGCCGACGGCGGAACGACCCGGCAAGAUCUAUUGUUAUUGUCGAUGUCCAUACGAUGAGGUAUCAGAGAUGAUAGCUUGUGACGGUGAAGACUGCCGCAUUGAGUGGUUUCAUUUUGAAUGUGUUGGUAUAAUGGUGCCGCCCAAGGGCAGGUGGUACUGCCCAGACUGCAGAAAAAGACACGAUAUUGUGCAAAACGAUGAGUACUGCGAUUGAUAAUUGCCACGCGGGAUUUUAAUGACAACGGCAUGUUAUUACCAAAUUUGAGCGUUGCUUUUUAGGCGUAAUAUUAGAAUUUUCCUCUUUUCUUUUU